AUGUCGACCGAACAGACAUUCAUUGCCAUCAAGCCUGACGGCGUUCAGCGCGGCCUCGUCGGUCCCAUCAUCUCUCGCUUCGAGAGCCGUGGAUACAAGCUCGUUGCCAUCAAGCUCAUGACCGCUUCCAAGGAGCAUCUGGAGAACCACUAUUCCGACCUGGCUGGCAAGCCUUUCUUCCCCGGUCUCAUCGCCUACAUGGGCAGCGGCCCCAUCUGCGCCAUGGUUUGGGAGGGACGUGAGGUUGUCAAGAUGGGCCGCGCCAUGUUGGGCGCAACCAACCCUCUGGCUUCCGCCCCUGGCACCAUCCGUGGAGAUUACUGCAUCGAUGUUGGACGCAAUAUCUGCCAUGGUUCCGACAGUGUUGAUGCUGCCAAGAAGGAAAUUGCCCUCUGGUUCAAGCCGGAAGAGGUACAAAGCUGGAAGCCGGCACAGUUCGACUGGGUCUACGAGAAGGCCUAA